AUGAUAAUAGUUGCUUGGAACUGCAGAGGAAUUGCCCGCCGGGGAUUCCAAUCCAAUAUCCGCCAUCUCUUUAAAGAGCACCUUCCCCAAAUCCUAAUACUAACUGAAACCAAAACCAGCCCCAAAAACACUGCAAGAAUCAUGAAGAAAACUCCCUUUGAAAAGUAUGUGCUAGCUGAACCCUAUGGCCUCGCUGGUGGGAUCAUAGUUAUGUGGAACCCUGACUUCAUCAACUUUCAGAUGAUUGGAAGGGAUCUGCAUACUAUUCAUGGUAUUGUGGAGGUAAACACUUCCCCCCCUUUUAGUUUUUGCUUAUCUGCUGUGUAUGCUAGUACCAAGUACAAAAGUAGAUUAGAAACUUGGCAUGACCUAAUAGACAUGUCUAAACAAAUAACAGUUCCUUGGGUAGUAAUGGGAGAUUUUAAUGAAGUCACUUGUCAAUCAGAGAAACUGGGGGGCAAUUUGAUCAAACAACAUAGGGCAGAUAGAUAUUCUGAUGCCAUGAAUGAAUGUGGGCUAGUUGAUGCUGGCUGUGUGGGUAGCAGAGAAGCUUCUGACCAUAAUCCAAUUAAGCUAAUAACGGAAAAUACUGGUUUGCAAAAUCAUGGUCACCAAAAUGUUUUCAAAAUGGAACCUUUAUGGUAUGCUGAACCAGGUUUCUCAACCAUGGUGGAUGAAAACCUAAAUGCUGAUAAUUUUGACUUGGUUAGUAAACUCAAUAAUAUCUCCAAAACCAUGUCUUCUUGGGUUAAGGACAAUAUAGGAAAUAUUUUCAAAAAAAGGAAAGUCUUGUGUGCUAGAAUCAUGGGUAUCCAACGAGCUCUAGAACACAAGCCAACCAAUAAGCACCUCUUGGACUUAAAUGAGGACCUCUCUAAUGAGCUAGGUCUCAUUUAUGAGCAAGAGGAAGCCUUCUGGAUGGCUAGGGCUAGAACUAGUUGGAUUGAAAAUGGGGACAAAAACACUAGCUAUUUCCAGAAGUCUGUCAUCAUAAGAAGAAGAAGGAAUAAAAUCACUAGCCUUAGGUCAGAAGUGGGUCAGGAUAUCCAAGGGAAAGAUCUAGUGCCCCAUAUUGUCAGCUACUUUACCACCCUCUUCACCUCUGAACAGACCAUCCCCCCCUGUGAAAACCACCAUUACUCCAAUGAAAUCAGUAUUGACCAUGCCACCAAUAUUGAAGAAGUUGGGAGAGCUACCAAAACCUUUCCCCAGUCCAUUAAUGAUACCACUAUCUGCAUUAUACCCAAGACUGCUCUACCAGAGACCAUAAAGCAAUUUAGGCCCAUAAGCCUGUGUAAUGCCAGCUAUAAAAUAGUGUCAAAAAUAUUAGUCAACAGAAUCAGACCUCUUUUGAAGGACAUCAUCUCCCCAAAUCAGAAUAGUUUCCUACCUGGAAGGGGCUGUGAAGUUAAUUACAUUGCAGCUUCUGAAAUUUUACACUCCAUGAAAACCAAAAAAGGGAAGUCUGGGUGGUUUGCUCUUAAGAUAGAUCUUGAAAAAGCUUAUGAUAGGCUGGAGUGGAACUUCAUUAGGUUUUGUUUAGCAAGGAAAGGCUUUGAUAGAAAUUCCACAGACCUCAUUCUUAAUUGCAUUGCCUCUCCUGCAACAUCUAUCAUUGUAAAUGGAAAGCCCUCCCCCUCCUUUAAAACCACUAGAGGAAUCAGACAAGGAGAUCCAAUAUCCCCAUAUGUUUUCAUUAUUUGCAUGGAGUACUUAGCUGAUAUGAUUAGUGAGGCUGCCUCUAAGGAAAACUGGAAACCCUUCUACUUGAAGAGAAAUGGCAUCCCCAUCACCCAUUUGAUGUUUGCAGAUGAUCUGCGUCUGUUUGGAGAUACUUCUGCCAAAACUCUCAGUGGCAUGAAGGAGGUCCUUAGGAACUUCUGGGACUGCUCUGGCCAAAAAAUGAAUAACUCUAAGAGCAAGAUCUAUUUUUCCAAACACACCCCCCAAAACCAGAAAGAUCUAUUCUGUAACACUCUAGAGGUACAACCAAGCCCUGAUUUAGGAACAUACCUAGGGUUCCCCUUGACAGACAAAAGGCCAACCAAGAACCAAACCUUAGACAUUUGCAGGAAAAUUAAAAACAAACUGGCCUCCUGGAAGGCUAAAUGCCUCAGCAAAGCUGGUAGGUUAGUACUUAUAAAGUCCACCUUGACCACCAUAGCAAAUUACUCUAUGCAAAUUCUGUACUUACCAAAGAAAACCCUCCAGACUAUUGACCAAGCUUGUGCUAAUUUUCUAUGGGAUUCAGAACCCCAGAAAAAGAAAACCCACCUUGUAGCUUGGCUCAAGGCCUGUGGACCAUUAGAAGUAGGAGGGCUUAGUGUUAGAUCAGCUGUAAUGAUGAAUAAAGUGCUAAUGACUAAACUCUGCUGGAAAUUUAACACAGGGAAAAACCUAGCCAGUAGCCUAAUCAAGGAAAAGUAUGUUGAUAAUAGACCUUACCCUGCCCCUUUCUCAAAAGGGUCUCAUAUUUGGCAAAAUGUUGGAAAGGGGUGGAACAUGUACAAGGACCUUACUGCUUGGUGUAUAGGGGAUGGAACCCAGAUCAACCUUUGGUUAGAUAAUUGGACAGAAAAAGGUUCACUUAGAUCUAUAAUACAAGGACCCCUAACCAGAGAUGAAUUUGCACACACUGUUAGUGACAUUAGGAGGAUGGUUGCUUCAAGUUGUUUAUACUUGUACUAUGAUGUGGGUUCUAGUAGACAUUAG